GUGCCCAGCGGCCGCGGGGGUUGCCGGGAGCCUGUGGAGCCCAGUCGCCCGCCAUGCUGCUCUUCUGCCCUGGUUGCGGGAAUGGGCUAAUCGUGGAAGAGGGACAGCGCUGCCACCGCUUCGCCUGCAACACCUGCCCCUACGUGCACAACAUCACCCGCAAGGUCACGAAUCGGAAGUACCCAAAGCUGAAAGAAGUGGAUGAUGUGCUUGGUGGAGCAGCUGCCUGGGAGAACGUUGACUCCACCGCAGAGCCCUGCCCUAAAUGCGAGCAUCCCCGGGCCUAUUUCAUGCAGCUUCAGACCCGCUCCGCAGACGAGCCCAUGACCACUUUCUACAAAUGCUGCAAUGCUCAGUGUGGACACCGCUGGAGGGACUAGGCCAGGCUGGCCCAGCUGUGGCGGGUCCGCUCACCUUGUGGAUCACCAGGGUGGACGCCCAGGCAGGACUGUGCACUGUCGUCCUGAGUUUUUGCUGGUGUGGCAGAAAGGUGACCCCAUUCCGGCAGCUGCCCAGGAGGCCUGCGCAGGAGCCCGUCUGCCAGUCAGCGGCUGAGCUCAUUUCUGUCCAGGGAGAUUUCGUGUGGGGGGAGGGUCUCCAUAACCACGUUCACUCUCGUCCUCCUUUAUCUUUCACGUGAGCUGGGGAAUUGAUGGUCUCUCGUCGGCAGCUCUCUGAGCUGUGUACCCUUUUUGCACACUUGUGAAAAUAGAAUUUCAUAAUUUAGUACACUAGAUAUCCCUAAGUACUUAACUAUUAAUUGUAAACUGAUCAAAGUAAAUUUUGAAUAUUUAAUUAAAGUGGAAAGUGGAA